UCGAAAGUUUCCGCCUGGAGCUACAUUUGUUGUGCAGAACACUGCAGUUAACUGACGUCUUGUGAACAUAUUCUAGUUUUGACACAUGCAAACAACAUAAAGUACAUAUAUUUAGCAGCUGGUGAAACAGCUCUCUGUAGUCAGGUGUCAUGAUGACCACCAUCGUCCAUGACACCACUGAGGCGGUGUGUCUGUGUCAGGAGUACAACCUGUUCCUGAAACCCAUCGCCAAGAUGACUGUGAGUGUGGCACUGCCCCAGCUGAAGCUGCCUGGGAAGAGCAUCUCUAACUGGGAGGUGAUGGAGAGGGUGAAGGCCAUGGUAGCUCCUGAACAGUUUUCUGCCCUCAGGAUCUCUAAGAGCACCAUGGACUUCAUUCGCUUUGAGGGCGAGGUGGAGAACAGAGGGGUUGUGAAGAUCCUGCUGGCCAAACUGGACGGGAAGAGCAUCAAACUCAGCGGCUUCACUGACAUACUCAAGGUGCGUGCGGUAGAGAAUAAGAUGGACUUCCCAACACGUUACGACUGGGACUCGUUCUUCCGUGACGCCAAGGACAUGAACGAUACUGUUCCAGGGGAGAGGCCAGACACCAUCCACCUGGAGGGCCUGCCCUGCCGCUGGUUUAUCCUGCCUGACGGACCCCCCGACCGGCCCUCCGAGACCGCCCUGCAGGCCAUCUUCCAGGGUUUUGGUCCGGUGCGUCACGUGGACAUCCCAAUGCUGGACCCGUACAGAGAGGAGACACUGGAUAAGAACUUCAACACCUUCACCUUCGGUGGCCAUCUUAACUUUGAGGCUUACGUCCAGUACCAGGAGUACGAUGGCUUUGCCAAGGCCAUGGACACACUGAGAGGCAUGAAGCUCAUGUACAAAGGAGAGGACGGCAAAGCUGUAGCCUGCAACAUCAAGGUGACCUUUGACACCAGUAAGCACCUGAGUGACGUGGCUCUGAAGAGACGCCAGCAGGAACGACUGAGAAUACAGGAGCUGGAGAGACAGAGGGAGGAGCAGAAACGCAGAGAGAAGGAGGAGGAGGAGAAACGCAAGGAGGAGGAAAGGAAACAGAAGGAGGUGGAGGAGGAGGAAAAGGUGCGGAGAAAAGAGGAGAGGAUACGGAAACGAGAGCAGAAGCUGAGAGAGAAGGAGGAGAAGAGGAACAUAAAGAAGGUGAAGAGGAGGCAGGAGGCGGAGCAGAAGAAGUUGCAGAUGAAGAUCGCGGCGGAGGAGAGAAGGCUGUUGUUAGCUCAGAGGAACCUGGAGUCUAUACGCCUUAUCGCUGAACUACUGAGCAGGGCCAAGGCUCUGAAACAGCAGCAGCAGGAGAAAGAGAGAGCGGAGAGAGAGGAGCGAGAGAAGGAGGAGUUAGCCAGGCAGAAGGAGGAGUUUGCCAGGCAAAAGGAAGAGUUAGCUCGGCAGAAGCAGCUGAAGGCCUGCAGGCGGGAGCAGGAGGCGGAGCUGAGACGUGUGGAGUUAGAGAAGGGGCGUGCCUUGGAUCUGCAGCGCAGAGAGAGAGAGCUGAGGGAGAGACUGGUUGGUAAUCUGCUGAAGAAGGCUGGAGGAGAGGGAGAGAACCAGACCACCACCCAGCCGUCAGCCCUGACCAUGCCCAGGGGAGACAGCUCCGACCUGGGGAAGACGGCCAGGGCCCUGGGUGUGAACGGGGUUAGACCAAGGGGAGAGGAGAGACCCAGAGCUACCGUACGAUCACACGUCCACGAGAAACAGAUGGGAGAGAGGGGGGAGAGGCGAGGAGAAUGGGAGGAGAGGAGAGGAGAAUGGGAGGAGAGGAGAGGGGGCAGAAAGGACAGGAAAGGAGGCAUGGAGGAGAGGAGCGGUUAUGGGUUGAGAAGCAGAGCGGUGAGGGAGAGGAGUCGGUCCCACAGCCGGGGCAGGAGGAGGUACAGCCACAGCUGGAGACGCAGUGGUAGCAGGAGAAGAAGAAGCUCUAGUAGAAAGAGGAGUGAUAGUCGGAGGAGGAGAAGCGAUAGCAGACGGAGGAGAAGGCGUAAUUCUAAGAGGAGAAGCUAUAGCAGGAGGAGGAGUGGUAGUCGUAUGCACAGGAGACGCAGUCACCAUGGACGGGGCCGCAGCAGCAGGAGCACCAGCCGUGAUUGGAGCAGAAGCUCUAGUGGGAGGAGCCACAGCAGAGGGAGGAGGAGCCAUAUACAUAGUCGACAUAGAGACAGCAGAUCUAGUAGCAGCAGCUCUAGGAGUAGAGAGAGGAGCUGGGAGAAAGACAGGAGCAGGGAGAAAGAGAGGAGCAGGGAGAAAGAUAGGAGCAGGGAGAAAGAGAGGAGAGGCCUCGCAGGAACACUCAAUCUCAUACAGCGAUAG